CGGCUGCUUGCUUGGGUGACUCUGCAGCAGGAGGAGGUGGGGGGACGAUGUCUGCCGUUUGGGAGCUGCUGGCUCUGAGCUCCUCUCUGCUGCUGGUUGUCUUGGCGCAGGGGGGCAAAUACUCCAGGGAGGUGAAUGAGGCUGCUACAGCCGGCAGCCCGAAGCGCCAGGAGGCCGGGGAGUUCAGGGUUGUGAAGCUGAACCAGAUCUGGGAGAAAGCGCAGCGGCUUCAUCUAUCGGCAGUAAAAUUGGCAGAGCUACAUAGUGACCUCAAAAUACAAGAAAAGGAUGAGCUGAGCUGGAAAAAGCUGAAGGCUGAAGGGCUUGAUGAAGAUGGAGAAAAAGAAGCCAAACUUAGACGCAAUUUAAAUGUAAUUAUGACUAAAUAUGGAAUGAAUGGAAAGAAAGAUGCCCAACUAGUAGAUACCAAUUACAUUAAAGAUGGCACAGAAAGUGAUGUGCUAGAUGAUCCAAGACUGGAGAAAUUAUGGAGCAAGGCCAAGACCUCUGGGAAGUUUUCCGAUCAGGAGCUGGAUAAGCUGUGGCGGGAAUUUAAGCAUCACAAAGAAAAGAUUCACGAAUAUAAUAUCCUGUUAGAGACUGUGAGCAGAACAGAAGAAAUCCACAAAAAUAUGAUCAAUCCAUCUGAAGAGGACCAAUUCAAAGAGGAAAUCUUGCAUGGCAAACACACAGAACUCAAAGACAAAAUGCGAAGCAUCAAUCAAGGGCUUGAUCGUUUACGUAAAAUCAGCCACCAAGGAUAUGACCCAGCCAGUGAAUUUGAAGAACCCAGAGUGAUUGACUUAUGGGACAUGGCCAAAUCAGCCAACUUUACUGAGAAAGAACUCGAAUCAUUUCGGGAGGAGCUGAAACACUUUGAAGCAAAAAUUGAAAAACAUCAUCAUUACCAAAAACAGUUAGAGAUUUCCCAUCAGAAACUGAAGCAUGUGGAGGGAACGGGCGAUAAAGAUCAUCUGAGCAGAAACAAAGAGAAAUACGUCAUGCUAGAAGAAAAGACUAAAGAAUUGGGAUACAAGGUAAAGAAGCACCUACAAGACUUAUCAAGUAGACUCUCAAGAGGUCUUCAACACAACGAACUCUGAACGUAUUUUCCAUGUUGUGAGAUCAGUAUACCCAAUAGAUCACUUUUCCUGGGACUUAUCGAAUACCUAGAGAAGCAGAUAAUUAAAUAUUAAGCACCCAACAGGAUUAUCCUUUGUAAGGAAUAUGUUUUCAGUCCUUUUACAUUUUAGUCACUGAACUGAUACUGUGAGAGUCAAAUUAAAUGAACCAGUUAUAAAUAUA